AUGGCUGAAGAAGAUCUCGGCCAAGCGGCCGGGGUUGAAGAAUUCCCUGCAUCUCGUGAGGACUACAGCAAAUUCUUUACCCUGAAAUCCCGAGGCCAGCCAGUGAACCAACUUACUGGCGCCCCCAAAGAAUUCACCCUCAACCCACUUGAAUUGUUGGAAAGAACAGAAGACUUCGAGGACUGGUUCAGAGAUGCAUGCCAAAUCCUUAAAAAGAAAGGACUCCAUCGCCUCGUUGACCCAAAAUGUGACAGGCCCAAAGUGACAUCUGACGAAGCAGAAACUUGGGUCGAACACUCCCAUGCCAUACAGAUAUGGCUCCAACAAUCUAUCUCGAAGGACAUCGAUGCGAUGGUCAAAGCUAUGAGAUUCCGAUGCGAAUUCGCUGAUGAAUAUGUCAUUAGCUUGAAAAAGGCCCUCCAUACCACCGGCUUCAUUCCCAGCAAAAAGAAGGUGACCAGGGUUCUACGAACCUACCGAGCUGACUACCCAUCGGCAAUCGAUUUUGUGCAUGAAUUUCGCAGUGCCUACACCAAAGCAACGGAAGAAGUCCAACUUGCCCCAGGCAUGAUCGUUUCCCUACUUCUUGAUGAAUUGCAAAGUGAUAUCCCAACCUUUGUGGCUGCCAGACUAGCAGAUUAUUCCAACAGAUACGAAAACAUUGCAAAGAUCACAGCACCAGACCUUUUCCGAACCUUCACUAAGGUAAUCCAUGAACUGGAAAUUGUGAAUUACCAAUUCUCGAGCGUCACAACCACGACAACCGGAAAAUCUUCAAAACCCUCGUCAGACAAACAUGAAUACCUCCCGUUGAAGCAUAUGCCUCCGAGAGGUAAAUCGCCAUGGGAAUGGGCAAAAGAAUGGACUGAAGGCCCAAAUCAGGUUGCCCCGAACGGUAACUGCUUCUUUUGCGGAAGAAAAGGCCAUGCCACCAAGGACUGCGCCCAUUUGGUCAUUACAUCGCGAACCCCAGAUUGGAAGCCUGUCAAAGGUAUCUGGGUGAAUGCCCCAUGGAGGAACAUGGACAAUCCAAAUGGACUACCGCCAGAAGGGUGGACCACAAUGUACAAUAACAGAAUCAAGAAGAACGGGGAGGAAGAUACCAAUACGGGAGGCAAUGCGGACAAUAAUGCGAGCGCAAAUAUGGCAAUGCAGGCUAGUGAAGAAGAAGAUGAGUACUACUACGCCCUCACAGCAGUAGAAUUCGACUUCGCCGACCGCCCAGAUCCCCAGCUUGCUAUGGCCUCAAUCAAAAGAAACCCCUCUACUGAGUGGAUCGUUGACUCAGGUGCAUCACGCUCGAUUUGUGUUGAUGGAAAUGCAAUUGUGAAAUUCCAAAGUGACCCACAUGGCUAUCAAUGCCAGACCUCUGAUGGAAGAACUGUCAAAUCUCUUGGAAAAGCGAUCGCUCGAAUUGAAUUGAUCCUCCAGAAGGCACCAAAACCCUUGAUGUACAAUGCGAAUACAUGCCAAUGGCCCACCGCAAAAAUCAACCAUCACAAAAUCGGUGAGGAGGUCUAUGGUGACGAACAUUUCAAUUGUGAAGCUUGCAAGAUUGCAAAAUCCAAGAGGAUCGUAUCCCACACAAACCAGACACGCUCUGAGAUACCAUGGGAAUUCAUCCACAUUGAUAUCCAGCCAUGCACUCCCCUUGGAAUCGGGAAUGUAUCACACGUCCUAAUCGUAGUUGACGAUGCCACCAGGUUCAGAUGGGCUAUUCCAAUGAAGACAAAAGGCCAAGCCUCGGAUGUCCUAAUCCAAAUGCUGAAGCGUAUCUUCACUUCCACUGGCACUUGGCCUUCCGAAAUCCGCACAGAUGGAGACAGAAGUUUCUUCAAAUUCAAAGAAUGGGCUGAGCAGAAGGGUUGCACUUUCUCAAUAAGCGCCCCUUACACCCAUGAACAAAAUGGUGUUGCUGAAAGCUCUGGACAUCUCAUCAUGCAGGGGGCCCGAACCCUCAUGGUAGCUACGCCCCAAGCUCCCGCAUUUUUGUGGCCUGAAGCUGUGGUUACUACUGCCUACAUCAUGAACCGAAUCCGCAAACCAAAUGAAAAAUUAUCCCCUUUGGAAAGAUGGAAUGAGUACUGGCAUGAUACCAAUGGCUCCAGGGUGAAGCAACCAAUCGAUUUGGGGUUUUUACGCAUCUGGUAUUCCAAAGCCUAUGUCCAUAUUCCAAAAGAACAACGAACCCAAGGACAAAAGAUGGCCCCGAGGGCAUGGAUUGGAUACCUGGUUGGAUAUGAUGGUGAGAAUGGCCACCAAUACAGGAUUUACGACCCAUGCAAGAGAAAAGUCAUGAUCAGAAGAGAUGUGGACUUUUGGGAAGAACCAUCCACACUGCCAUUGGACCUAGAUGAUCGAAUUGAACAGAUUAUGCAAGAAAGGCUCCAUGAUAUGAAGAUCCAAAAUGUCAAAAAGACAACCGACAUAACCGUGAAACGAUCAAAUGGGCCUACCCAAAAUACUACCCGCGCGGAUGACGACCACCAUGAAGAUCCCGACCGCAACACCCACUCCAAUAUGAGCCCAGAUACCCACGAAGAAAUCCAAAUUUCACAAACUUCCCAUGCUCCAAAAAUUCCACCUCUCCAACAGGAAAGAGGAAGGGGACAUGAUCUUCCACCUCCUCAAGUCCAAUUCCCAAAAGACCCAGAAUUGCGCGAGGGACGAAUUUUUCCCCAACCCGCUCCAAUCCUCCAAGUGUGCUACCAACCAUGCCAGAGGACCAAAAUAUCCCAAUUUUACAACCUUCCCAACAUCGCAAAAUUUUACCGAUACAACCGAGGAAAAGAGCCCCUGAUACUCGACCGGAUCCUGAAAUCCAAAUCCCUAGAGACCCAAUUCCUAACCAGGGAGGAAUUUUUUCACGCUGGAACCCGAAUAGUCCAAUCCCGUCAAUUGAGAGAAGGACUAUACCAGGACAAUUCCCACCCACACCAGAAUCUGACCCAAAUCCUACCAUUGAAAAGUCUAAGACACCAUCCAAUCAAUUCAACCACAAACUCCCCCUCCAGUAGUAAUUCCUCAGAGGUUCCGUAG